AUACCAAAUCCAGAUCUACAAUUUUGGGGGCAGCUGUUAAAGAGAACAGAACAGAGGCUUUAUAAAAUAUAUUAUUAACCAAAGCUACAGUUAUUUAUCUCUUGUUUUUCCAUUAAGGGGUGGAGCCUACGUUUCUUUUCCUGAUCGCCAUUGAAAGUUCCAGUAAACAGCAACCAUGGGAGACGCAGAAAUGGCGGUCUUUGGAGAGGCCGCUUCGUAUUUGCGUAAAUCUGAGAAGGAACGAUUGGAGGCGCAGAACAAGCCCUUUGAUGCCAAAAACAACUGCUUUGUGGAACAUAAAGAAGAACUCUAUGUGAAGGGUUUAAUCACAGCUCGUGACGGUGCCAAAGUCACUGUGAAAACCGACAGUGGCGAUAAUGUGACUGUUAAAGACAGUCAAGUCUACCCUCAAAAUCCCCCCAAGUACGAUAAAAUUGAGGACAUGGCUAUGAUGACCCACUUGAACGAAGCUUCUGUGCUGUACAAUCUCAAAGAGCGUUACGCAGCAUGGAUGAUCUACACCUAUUCUGGCCUCUUCUGUGUCACUGUAAACCCAUACAAAUGGCUUCCAGUAUACAACCCUGAGGUUGUUUCUGGUUACAGAGGAAAGAAACGUCAGGAAGCCCCACCACACAUCUUCUCCAUCUCUGACAACGCCUAUCAGUUCAUGUUGACAGAUCGUGAAAAUCAGUCGAUCUUGAUUACUGGAGAAUCUGGUGCAGGAAAAACUGUCAACACCAAACGUGUCAUUCAGUACUUUGCAACAAUUGCAGUAGUUGGUGAACCAGGAAAGAAAAAGGAGUCUGGAAACAAAUUGAAGGGAACCCUGGAAGAUCAAAUCAUCCAGGCUAACCCUCUGCUGGAGGCUUUCGGUAACGCCAAGACUGUGAGAAAUGACAACUCUUCCCGUUUUGGUAAAUUCAUCAGAAUUCACUUUGGAACCACAGGAAAACUGUCCUCUGCAGAUAUUGAAACAUACCUUCUGGAAAAAUCCAGAGUAACGUUCCAGCUUUCAGCUGAGAGAAGCUACCACAUCUUCUACCAAAUUCAAACAAAUGCAAAACCUGAAAUAGUUGAAAUGCUUCUCCUCACUACCAACCCAUUUGACUACCCCUCCAUUAGCCAGGGUGAGAUUACAGUAAAGAGUAUCGAUGACGUUGAGGAGUUCAUGGCUACCGAUAGUGCCAUUGACAUCCUGGGUUUCAAUCAAGAUGAGAAGAAUGGAAUCUAUAAGAUGACAGGAGCUGUGAUGCACCAUAGUAACCUUAAAUUCAAGCAAAAGCAGAGAGAGGAACAGGCUGAGCCAGAUGGCACUGAAGUUGCUGAUAAAAUUGGUUACUUGAUGGGCCUGAAUUCCGCUGAUCUUCUCAAGGGUUUGUGCUACCCAAGAGUUAAGGUUGGAAAUGAAUAUGUCACCAAAGGACAAACUGUUCAACAGGUCUACAACGCCAUUGGUGCCCUCACCAAAUCAAUUUAUGAGAAGCUGUUCUUGUGGAUGGUCACUCGUAUCAAUCAACAGUUGGAUACCAAACAGCCAAGACAACACUUCAUUGGUGUCCUGGAUAUUGCAGGAUUUGAAAUCUUUGAUUACAACAGCUUGGAGCAACUCUGCAUCAACUUUACCAAUGAGAAACUGCAGCAAUUCUUCAACCACCACAUGUUUGUCCUGGAACAAGAAGAAUACAAGAAAGAAGGCAUUGACUGGGAGUUUAUUGACUUUGGUAUGGAUCUGGCAGCCUGCAUUGAGUUGAUUGAAAAGCCCAUGGGUAUUUUCUCAAUCCUUGAAGAGGAAUGCAUGUUUCCCAAGGCUACUGACACCUCCUUCAAGAACAAGCUGUAUGACCAGCAUCUGGGCAAGUGCAAGAACUUUGAGAAGCCCAAGCCCGGCAAAGGAAAAGCUGAAGCUCAUUUCUCCUUGGUCCACUAUGCUGGUACUGUGGAUUACAACAUCAGUGGCUGGCUGGACAAGAAUAAGGACCCAUUGAAUGAGACUGUUGUUGGACAUUACCAGAAGUCCUCAGUUAAACUACUGGCCUUCCUCUACGCUAGCUAUGCAGCUACUGAUGCUGAUGGUGGUGCAAAGAGUGGAAAGAAAAAGAAGGGGUCAUCCUUCCAGACAGUGUCUGCCUUGUUCAGAGAAAAUCUUAAUAAGCUUAUGACUAACCUGAGAAGCACACAUCCUCACUUUGUGCGUUGUCUGAUUCCCAACGAGACUAAAACUCCAGGUAUCAUGGAGAACCAUCUGAUUAUCCAUCAGCUGAGGUGUAAUGGUGUGCUGGAGGGUAUCAGAAUCUGUAGGAAAGGAUUCCCAAGCAGAAUCCUAUAUGCUGAUUUCAAGCAACGUUACAAAGUAUUGAACGCAAGUGCUAUUCCAGAUGGGCAGUUUAUUGACAGCAAGAAGGCUUCUGAAAAAUUGCUGGGCUCCAUUGAUAUUGAUCAUACUCAAUAUAGAUUUGGGCACACCAAGGUGUUCUUCAAAGCUGGUCUCCUGGGUACUCUUGAAGAAAUGAGAGAUGACAAGUUGGCACAGCUUAUCACCCGCACCCAAGCUCUCUGUAGAGGUUUCCUGAUGAGAGUUGAAUAUAAAAAGAUGGUGGAGAGAAGGGAUGCAAUCUUCGUAAUCCAGUACAAUGUCAGAUCUUUCAUGAACGUCAAGCAUUGGCCAUGGAUGAAACUAUACUUUAAGAUCAAACCUCUCCUGAAGAGCGCUGAGACAGAGAAGGAGAUGGCAAACAUGAAGGAGGAAUUUGAGAAGACCAAGGAGGCUCUGAUAAAGUCAGAUGCAAGAAGGAAGGAGCUGGAAGAGAAAAUGGUGGCUAUGCUGCAGGAGAAGAAUGACUUACAGCUGCAAGUUCAGUCGGAAAAUGAAAGUCUGGCUGAUGCAGAGGAAAGGUGUGAAGGUCUCAUCAAAAGCAAAAUCCAGUUGGAAGCUAAAAUCAAGGAGCUUACAGAGAGACUGGAAGAUGAAGAAGAAAGUAACGCAGAGCUUACAGCUAAAAAGAGAAAACUAGAGGAUGAAUGCUCUGAGUUGAAAAAAGAUAUUGAUGAUUUAGAACUUACCUUGGCCAAAGUAGAAAAGGAAAAACAUGCCACUGAAAACAAGGUUAAAAACCUUACUGAAGAAAUGGCGGGUCUCGAUGAGAAUAUCUCUAAGAUUACAAAAGAGAAAAAGGCCCUUCAAGAGGCUCAUCAGCAAACUCUUGAUGAUCUACAAGCUGAAGAGGACAAAGUCAGUUCUCUGACCAAGGCCAAAACUAAACUGGAACAGCAAGUAGAUGAUCUGGAAGGUUCCCUUGAACAAGAAAAGAAACUUCGUCUUGACCUGGAGCGUGCCAAGAGAAAACUUGAAGGUGAUCUGAAAUUGUCUCAAGAAACAGUUAUGGAUCUUGAAAAUGACAAACAACAAACAGAGGAUAAACUUAAAAAGAAAGAUUUCGAAUUAAGCCAACUGCAGGGAAAGAUUGAAGAUGAGCAAUCCUUGGGUUGUCAAUUGCAGAAAAAGAUUAAGGAGCUUCAGGCCAGAAUUGAAGAAUUGGAAGAAGAAAUUGAAGCUGAACGUGCAGCUCGUGCUAAGGUUGAAAAACAGAGGGCUGACCUCUCCAGAGAACUUGAGGAAAUUAGUGAAAGGCUUGAGGAAGCUGGGGGUGCAACAUCAGCUCAGAUUGAGAUGAACAAGAAACGUGAAGCAGAAUUCCAGAAACUAAGGCGUGAUCUGGAAGAGGCCACCCUCCAACAUGAAGCCACUGCUGCCGCUCUUCGUAAGAAGCAUGCUGACAGUGUUGCUGAGCUUGGGGAACAAAUUGAUAACCUCCAACGAGUUAAACAGAAGUUGGAGAAAGAAAAGAGCGAGUUCAAAAUGGAAAUUGAUGACCUUGCUAGUAACUUGGAGAAUGUCUCUAAAUCAAAGGCUAAUCUUGAAAAAGUGAACCGUGUUCUUGAAGACCAACUGAGUGAAGUAAAGACAAAGGAGGAUGAACAUCAACGUUUCAUCAGUGACCUCACUACCCAAAGGGCCCGUUUGCUGACAGAGAAUGGUGAGCUAUCCCGACAGCUAGAAGAAAAAGAAUCUUUGGUUUCCCAGCUGACAAGAGGAAAAUUAGGUUUCACUCAACAAACUGAAGAACUUAAAAGGCAACUAGAAGAAGAAACAAAGGCCAAAAAUGCUCUUGCCCAUGCUCUACAAUCAUCCCGUCACGACUGUGACUUGCUACGUGAGCAAUAUGAGGAGGAACAAGAAGCAAAGGCUGAGCUCCAGCGUACUCUGUCCAAGGCAAAUGGUGAAGUUGCCCAAUGGAGAACCAAAUAUGAAACAGAUGCCAUUCAGCGUACUGAGGAGCUGGAAGAGGCCAAGAAGAAGCUCGCUCAACGUCUUCAGGAAGCUGAGGAGCAGGUAGAAGCUGUGAAUUCCAAAUGUGGUUCCUUGGAAAAGACCAAGCAGAGAUUGCAGGCUGAAGUGGAGGACCUAAUGGUCGAUGUGGAGAGGGCAAACAGUGCUGCAGCUGCUCUUGAUAAGAAACAGAAGAACUUUGAUAAGGUUCUUGUAGAAUGGAAACAGAAAUAUGAAGAGGGCCAGGCUGAGUUGGAGGCUUCUCUGAAAGACGCCCGCUCAUUGAGCACGGAGAUCUUCAAGAUGAAGAAUGCCUACGAAGAAUCUUUGGAACAACUAGAAACACUGAAACGAGAAAACAAGAAUUUGCAGCAGGAAAUUUCAGACCUGACAGAACAAAUUGGAGAAUCUGCAAAAUCAAUUAAUGAAUUGGAGAAGUCCAAAAAACAAGUGGAACAAGAAAAGAGUGAUCUUCAGGGAGCACUGGAGGAAGCAGAGGGAUCUCUGGAGCAUGAAGAAGCCAAGAUCCUGAGAGUCCAGCUUGAGUUGAAUCAGGUGAAAUCUGAGGUUGACAGGAAGAUUGCUGAAAAGGAUGAAGAGAUUGAACAGCUGAAGAGGAACAGCCAAAGAAUCAUUGACACAAUGCAAAGCACAUUAGACUCUGAAAUCAGAAGCAGAAAUGAUGCUCUGAGACUGAAGAAGAAGAUGGAAGGUGACCUUAAUGAACUGGAGAUCCAGUUGAGCCAUGCCAACCGCCAGGCUGCUGAAGCUCAGAAACAGCUCCGAAAUGUGCAGGCACAGUUCAAGGAAACCCAACUCCAGCUAGAUGAUGCCUUAAGAACACAAGAUGACUUAAAGGAACAGCUGGCUGUACUUGAACGUAGGAAUAAUUUGCAACAGGCUGAAAUUGAGGAGAUUAGGAAUGCUCUGGAACAGACAGAGAGAUCCCGAAAGAUUGCUGAGCAGGAACUUCUCGAUGCAAGCGAACGUGUACAACUUCUGCAUUCACAGAACACAAGUCUCAUUAACACAAAGAAGAAGCUAGAGUCUGAUGCUGCUCAGCUCCAGAGUGAGGUUGAAGAAGCUGUUCAGGAAGCCAGAAACGCUGAGGAUAAAGCUAAAAAAGCUAUCACUGAUGCUGCACUUAUGGCUGAAGAGCUGAAGAAGGAGCAGGACACUAGUGCCCACUUAGAGAGGAUGAAGAAGAACCUUGAACAGACAGUGAAGGACCUACAACAUCGUCUGGAUGAGGCUGAGCAGUUGGCACUGAAGGGUGGCAAGAAGCAACUCCAGAAACUGGAGGCUCGGGUUCGUGAGUUAGAAAAUGAGCUGGAUAAUGAACAGAAGAGAGGCGCUGAGGCAAUUAAGGGUGUACGCAAAUAUGAAAGGAGAGUGAAGGAACUGUCCUACCAGACCGAGGAAGAUAAAAAGAAUAUCCUAAGACUUCAAGAUCUGGUGGACAAACUUCAGCUGAAGGUCAAAGCCUACAAGAGACAGGCUGAAGAAUCAGAGGAACAAGCCAAUGCACACUUGGGUCGCUUCAGGAAGGUUCAACAUGAACUGGAAGAAGCAGAGGAACGAGCUGACAUUGCAGAGUCUCAAGUCAACAAGCUCAGAGCCAGGAGCCGUGAUAUUGGUGGAAAGAGAGGAGAGAGCGAGGAAUAAAGAGUUUUCGUCCGGAGAGAAGAAAGUGAAAUUUGCAGAAUGUGAAUUUCUAUCUUUUCUGAACUACCCCCCCUUCCCCUCUAUAAAUAAACCCUUUUGAGCUUUUAAGAAAA